UAAGCAAAUGCUUAAGCGUGCACAAAUGUAUCGGUAGACUGCGUGACGGCACGCACUACCGUUUUGACUAAAAAUAACGCUUAUCAGUUAGUAUAAACAGACAGCACGGAUAACGGCGCUAAAUUUUGACAUUUAGAUUUAUAUACCGCAAACCACCUUGUUGCUUAUGUUGAGAGCGGUCAGCUCCAGAUACUGGAAUUGAAUGUUUUACAGCACCGCUUAUUUGUAACUCUUGACAACAGCCUCAGCAUUCCCCAGAAUUUCGGUUGCUUCUACGCUUUAUCACGGUUCUGAACGCUGACUAUCGCAUCAGCUACAAAUAACUACUCAGACAGUUCAUUUUCUUGUGUGUUAAAUUUUGCACGUGUUGUUAUCGGGAUUCGGGAAUAAGUCGGCAAAAUGCUUGCAACAUAUCAUUCUCAAUUAAAUCAGCAGCAGGUUGUGCGUGGAACACUGGUCGUGGUCGGACCCGAGCUUGCCUUUGUGCACGUUCAGGGCCAAGAUGACGACGUGCUGAUUUCCGGCUUGACCAACCGUAAGGGCGCGCUGAAUGGUGAUCAAGUGGACAUUGAAUAUCUUCCAACCAGAGACUGGACGCCAAAACUGGAAUAUUAUUGGGAUGAGAUUGCACAAAUACUGCGCAUCACUAGCCUUGGUACAGCAUUCCUGAAAGACGAUCUGCGACGACUAGUGUCGACUGCCCAUGGAACUUAUAUUCCUAAACUGCAGUUCAUGUCAUCCCAAACCAUUCAACAGAAAUGGAUGCAGCUUCUUCAAGCGUGCAACUGGAUUCCCAGAGAUUACUUUCAAUCACAUCUGUUUAAAAAAGCCGGCAAGGUGAAAACUGUACUGUCGAGCAGCGCGGGCAUCGAGAAAGCUGUUGGACAAUUGCAUUCACCGGAAAGGGGCUCGUUAACAGUUGUCUAUAAUCUGAAACCAACGACAUUUCGCACGACAUGGUCCGGUGAAAAGAUACCUAAAGAAUUGAUUGACGCCGAACUAUUGGGCAAGAUGAAUUCCUCAUUAGUCUACGUGGAAUUCAACAAGAACCUCCUUAACGGUUCUAAAACUGUGAGCGACGUUGGCCAAACUGAGAACUUAACAACAUGGAUCAAAGCCAUUCUAUUAGAGAACGGCAUCAGCAGUACCAAACUAGACAGCCUUAGCCCGCCAGAAAACCUUCAAUUGGCAAAUCAAAUUGAGGCCGAUCGAAGGGAUUUAUCCGAUUUGGUCGUCUUCACCAUAGACCCACCGAGUUCGGUGGACAUUGAUGACGCCUUGUCGUGCAUUCGGUUACCCAAUGGCAACCUGCAGAUAGGCGUGCACAUUGCCGAUGUGAGCCACUUUAUCCAGGAAGGCUCACCCGUCGACAAAGAAGCCCGUGCCCGCGGCGCUUCACUCUUCCUACAAAAUAACAAAGUAAUACACAUGCUGCCAGAAGGAUUUGUCCAGAGAUGUUCCCUUCUGCCGGCCGUGCCGCGCUACGCCGUGUCGGUGUUGUACGAAGUAACCCUGAGUGGGCACAUCAUCAACACAUCAAAAUUCUUUAAAUCGCUCAUCUGCAGCCGCGCCAGACUAACGUACCAACAAGCACAUGUACAGGCUCUCAUCGAUCGCGAGCGUGAGUACUCCCCAUCUGAGCUGAAGAUGGACGUUACAAAGGUCACGGUUAACCAGGAUUACAAGUCUAUUGUUGAGAGUCUUCGCGAUUUGGAUGCUGCAACACAGUGUCUUCGAGCGAUUCGUUUCAACAGAGAUAAACCAAUUAGAAUUGAAGGAAUGAAAUCGCAAAGUCUUUAUGAGUUCCAGCUAACCAACGGCAACAUGGUACAAGCGUCCAAACUUCAAGAAUACCGCAGCGAACAGCUUAUCGAAGAACUGGCCAUCCUGACCAAUUACACUGCAGCGCGCGAAAUUUAUACAAAAUUCCCAAACAACUGUCUGCUUCGUCAUCAUCCCGGGCCUAACCGUGAUGCGCUGCAGCUUCUAAAAAAGAACUGCAAACUGCUUGGACUGGAUAUCGACGUCGGUUCGCGCGAUGGCCUUCAUGGGUUCUCCGACGGAAAUCGUAGUCGCUCAGUCAACGCUGCAUUCUUCGCAAUGCUGGUCAAGUCCUUUAAGAAAGAGGAAUACGUGCGACCGGCAAACGGGAACUAUUCGCAUUACGCUCUUGGUAUGGAAUAUUACACCCACGCGACAUCACCGAUUCGUCGGUACGCCGACAUUGUCGUCCACCGAAUGCUCUUCAACAGCCGACCUUUCGACGCAAACACUUUAGACGAUGUCAUCAAAACCUGCAAUCAACGCACCGCAGCGGUGAAGAACAGCCAAGGCGACGACUGGACUUUGUGCCUUGGGUGGGGGUUGAAACAAAAUAUCCAGUCGUUACGACAACCGCAGCUAGCGGUGGUCGUUGGUAUCUACCCGGCCGAAUUUACCUUAGAAGUUCUCAUUGUUGAGUAUGCCGUGCGUAGAAAGAUCCUCCCGCGAAAAGAUCCCAAUGUUCGAGGCUGCUCGCAUAGCCUGGGAACCGUCCGCAGUGCCGCUGAUCACAUCUUGAAUAUUGAUUGGAGGAACGGGCGGCGAACGGCUGUGUCAGUGUGGGAUGAAAUUAAGGUCAUGCUCACAUUUUCCGAUGGAAUCGAUCCUAGAAACUUUAAGAUUUUGCUUGUGGAAGGAUAAUCUAACAGGUUAACAUAUCCCUGGAUGCGGUGCAACCGGGAAGACUAAAAGUUGGGCGAAACGGUUUAGAGUUUAGACCACAACUAAUGCUUUCUUUUUUUGCCAUAUGUAUCUUCGACUUUUAUUUUGUUUUCAACUGCACCAGGCUUGCAGCUACAUUUUUAAAGAAAACCUAGCGCCGAACAAUACAGGUAGUGGUUACUUACUAGUUAUUAUAAGUGACUGACCAAUAUUAUGCUAUAAAUAUCAACAUUUUGUAAACGGUUACUGCAGUUUUUGUCUAUUGCUGUACAGCCUUGGUAAUUUUUGUUUCGUUUCACGAUAUGCUUUGUCUAGUACAGCGAAUAUUUUCUUCCCAUCGCCAUUUUCUGCAGGUUUACAUGAAAGUUUGCUGUCACGCAUUUCAUCUCUAUUUUUAUGAACCGGUAUGUGCGAUAAAUAACAAAAUUAAGGACAAAAAAGU